AUGAAAGAAUUGGAACUCAGUAUCGGCACAUUGACUAUAUCCCACCAGUUUAUGGUCGUAGGAAUGAGGAACACCUGUAUUUUAGGUGCUGACUUUUUGAAGUCAGGGCGAAUGGUCGUGGAUAUAGCAAAUUCGAAAUUAACUUGGCCAUCGGGAGAAGUGGCGUUGGUAAUCGAGACAACUGCACCAACUGUCAAUAAAUUAAGCGUACUGUUAGAUAAUUAUUCAGAUAUUUUUGUAAGCGGACCAAAUGACCCUUUAGGCCGAACCACGGUAGCAGAACACUCGAUUGACACAGGAGACAGCCGUCCUGUGAAGCAACGGCCUUAUAGAAUUCCUGUUCAUCUCAACACUGUAGUGAACAAGCAAGUGAACGACAUGAUCGAAAGAGGUGUAAUCCGAUCUAGUAACAGUCCCUGGUCCUCACCAAUCGUAUUAGCUCCGAAGAAAGACGGGGAUUAUAGAUUUUGCGUUGACUUUAGGCGAGUGAACUCGGUGACAAAGAAGGACGCUCAUCCUAUGCCUCGUAUAGACGAAAUUCUGGACCAGUUAGGCGGUGCGCGUUACUUUAGUACCUUGGACCUUGCUUCCGGGUACUGGCAAGUACCUCUAAGGGAAGAGGAUAUGGAGAAAACGGCUUUCUCCGUUGGUGCGAACCACUAUGAAUUUACAGCUUUGCCCUUUGGUUUAACUAACGCUCCCGCCACAUUUCAGCGCAUGAUGGGGAAUAUAUUGAUGGGUAUUAAAGGCUGCCUAGUAUUCAUGGAUGACAUUAUUAUUUUCUCGGAUACGUGGGAGGAACAUCAACGUAUUUUGGACGAAGUAUUUCGUCGUAUUCGGGCAGCAGGGUUGAAGAUCAAGCGAGACAAGUGCCAAUUUGCACAAGAAUCGGUGAAAUUCCUUGGCCACAUUGUAUCUGCACGGGGAACAGAACCAGAUUCGUCCAAAGUUGAGGCCGUGCGAGAAUUUGCGACCCCGACCUCUCUCACCGAUGUUCGAGCGUUCGUUGGGAUGGCCUCAUACUAUAGACGGUUUAUUAAGAACUUUGCGGACAUCGCUGCACCGCUCCACGACCUAACCAAGGGUGGCCAACCAGAAUUUUGUUGGACACCUGUGGCCGACAAAGCAUUUAAUGACCUCAAAAGUCGUCUGUGUUCAGCACCUAUCUUGUCCCUACCAGACUUCUCCGUUCCUUUCACCAUUUAUACGGAUGCCAGUGAUUUCGGCCUCGGCGCUGUCUUGUCCCAGCGAAGAGGUGAAAACGAGUACGUGAUCGCGUAUGCCAGCCGGACCCUUACGUCUGCAGAGAAAAAUUACUCAACCACGGAGAAAGAGUGUCUAGCCAUUGUUUGGACAGUCAAUUAUUGGCGGCCAUAUUUACUCGGAAACACCUUUGACAUAGUGACAGACCAUCAAAGUUUAACGUGGUUGCAAGGAUUGAAAGAACCGAAGGGUCGUCUCGCCAGGUGGAUCCUUGCCUUACAGGAGUACGAUUUCGAAAUCAAGCAUCGCCCGGGUCGACAACACAGCAACGCAGAUACCUUAUCGCGUUUCCCUCGAGUGACACCCCCGCAGAUACCAGACCAAAGCGUGGAUGAGGACUUGAUGGUCGGUGUAAACGGUACCGAGGUGUGCACGUCGUGGUCCAAGACAGAAAUCUUAAAGGCACAACAGGACGACCCAAGCAUUUCCAUGAUAAUGCAGAAGUUAAGCUGCAGCGAUGAUCUACCAGAGGAAGGAAAUGAUAAUGAUAAUUCUAAGGAGAAUGGUGAAAGGCGACGCUACAGACAGUUGUGGUCACAACUAGAAAUGGUAGAUGGCGUUCUACACCGUUGUGUAGAUAAAGGUACUCCAUCGAAGCGACUAGUUUUGGUUGUCCCUCGAAAGAUGCGUUGCGACCUUUUAAAACUUUCUCAUGAUGACCCAUGUUCGGGACACAUGGGAAUAAACCGCUGCUUAGAACGUCUGCAACGACGAUAUUAUUGGCCGGGAAUGGCAGCAGAAGUGCAACUAUGGAUAGCCGAGUGCGAAAAGUGCAACAGACGGAAAACACCCGUCCCAUCUCAAAAGGCACCCAUGCAGAGCAUAGAAAUUGGACAACCGAUGGAACUGUGGGCUAUGGACGUAUUAGGUCCACUUCCUAUGACUGCACGGGGGAACCAGUACAUCUUGGUUAUGUCCGAUCACUUUACCAAGUGGGUAGAGGCGGUGCCAAUGCCCAAUCAACGUGCCGAGACGGUAGCUAAAGCCUUCGUUAAUGAAGUAGUGACUCGACAUGGAGUCCCAAGUAAACUUCUAACCGAUCAAGGAAGGAACUUCGAGGCCGAUCUCAUGAAGCAAGUGUUCAGUCUCCUCGGUGUGCGAAAACUAAGAACUUCGCCGUACCAUCCCCAAACGGACGGACAAGUUGAGAGAAUGAAUCGCACGUUAAAGGGAAUUCUGACAGCUUAUGUAAAUAAGGACCAUAAUGAUUGGGACGAUCACUUACCACUGGCCUUGUUUGCAUACCGUAACAGUGUGCAUUCCUCGUCUGGGGUUUCACCUUUCCAGGCAAUUUAUGGUCGCGAAGCCACUACACCGCUGGUACUUAUGAACACCGAAACUGAAGUUAAGGAACAGUUUAUUUCAAAUUACUGUGAUGAACUGGAGAAGACAUUAAAGGACGUACAUCGCAGCAUCAAAACGAACAUUGACGUGGCGCAAAGUAAGCAGAAGAAAGGGUACGACGAACAUAAUGACGUUGACCGAAGUACAGCGCUAAAGGAAGGGGAUCGGGUGUGGCUCAAUAACAAAGCGGUACCAAAGGGCUUGAGCCGAAAAUUCCAUUCACCGUGGACGGGGCCUUACGUAGUGAUCAAGAGACUGGGCAAGGUAAACUACCAUAUCAAGCCGGGGUCUGGGAACGGUAAGACAAAAGUGGUACAUCGCAAUCGACUUAAGCUAGACAUACGCCAGCCUAGAAUCGAAGAAACCCUGUCUGUUGAUCAACCAGAAAAGCACAACUCGAGAGUCGAAUUGCUCCCAGGCGAGCCAGUGAUACAUCACGGAGAGAGGCUGGCGGACGCACAGCUGUUACCAGCAGAGGAGCUGAUCCAAUUGCGUAGGUCUAACCGUAAUCGCCGACAACCUGAUAGAUAUCAGGAUUAUAACUUAGAUGAACUAGAGAUCGAGGACGCUCUCAAUUAA